CUAAAGGGAAUCAUUAUCAUCAUCAAUUAUUCUAUCCUAGAUCAUGUGAGAAAAGCUUGUCACUGACAGACUGUUUUUGCUUUUGCUUUGCUAAAUUUUUCCUCCAAGUGGUGUGGUUCUUUCAUUUAGUCUUCUAGUGACUUAGUUAGGCAUUUCUGAGUUGUUGCCAACCUCAUCAUUUCUUUCCUUAAUUUCUUCAUCUUUUUUCCAUUUCCAUUUCUUAAGGACUGGGAGCUGCCACUUUGUUUUUCAAUCCACAAUAAUCAUUAUGGCCACCCAAACUCUUGAUUCCCAUCAAACUUCUACAACAGAUGAGGAAACGGAGAAGAUCAACAGUGAAUCAGUAAAAGUAGCGGAACAAAUACAUUUCUCUUCACCACAAGAAACUGUAGAAGAUGACAGGGAGAAAGGUAGGGCUGACAACUUACAUGUUCCAAAUAGUACUUUGUCGACAUCCGAAGAAAAGGCAGUGGAUAUUCAAGCUGAGCCUCCUGCUAUUGAGAACAAACAAAUAGAUGAAACUUCUGUUGUUAAUCUUCCAGUUCAUGACAAUGUGCAGUUGGAAAAAGAAUCUACUUCGGUCUCAGAGGUGGAAAUCGCUACUGCUACCAAUGAGACCCUACAUGAGGAAAGGCCAUCGGUUGAACCAGUUGCAGGAGAAGCAAUAGAUCUGCCAGUAAUUGCGUACUUGGAAAAAAGUAUAAAGGAGUUUGAUACAGCUGACAAUGGCAAGAGCCCACCAGAGGAGCAACCAACUAAAGAAGUCAUAGAAAGAGAGGCUUUGGAGGUACCAGCAGAGGCAACCACGCAAAAAGUAGAAGAACAACCAUCAGAGGCUGUGAGCCUUCCAAAACUACAAGACGAAUCAUCAAGCAAUAUCGUUUACAGUGAAGAAAAAGAGGAACCAAGUGCCCACGUACAAUUUGUAACAGAAGUUGCAGAAAAAGUGGAAAUGAAUUCUGAGGAAGCAGAAGAGAAUAAGCCAAAGAUUAGUGAUAAUACAAUAUUAUCAGUAGUGGAAAACUUUAGUAAGGGCCCAACAGAUGCAGAAGAGGAACCGGUGACAGAAUGCGUCAGUGUAGAGAAGGAGGCAGACAAGGAACCAGAGACUGAUAUUCCAAAAGAACCUGCUGAACUACCAAAGAAAGAAGCUCCGGCAAUUGAGGUAGUUCCACUGGAAGAACUAAUCGAGAGGGUUGCAAAAGAAAAUCUUGAAAGAGUUGAAACUCCAACAGACAAAGGGCAGCCAGUUGAACUUCAUCCAUUCAAAGCGUUGGAAGAAGUGAUAGCAAAAGAAAUUAGCAUACCCACAGAAGUUCCCAAAGAUAAGCAACAGGGAUCUGAAAUUGACGCAGAGCAAGAAUCAAGAGAACUGAUAGAAACAAAGAUCAGGGAAUCUGUUGAAGUUUCCCAUGAAAGUGAAUUUCUAGUUGAAGUUCAUCAAGCGAAAGAACAAGUAUUGAUAGAAAAAGAAAUAAACGAAUCCUUUGAACCUCCAAAGAAUAAGGAGCAAUCAGAUGAAGCUAUUUCCCAAAAAGAAGCUGUAGAAGUCACAAAAAAUGAGGUUGGCUUAUCCUUUGAACCUCCCAAGAACGAUGAGCAAGCAUAUGAAGGUUUUUCAUCAACAAAAUCUGGAGAAGUGAAGGAAAAAGAGACCAAUGAUUCCACAUUGGAUUUUGAAGAAGUCGAGAAACAAGAAAAAGAGGUCAUUCAAGUAAAAGAUGGUAUAAAAGAGAUACCUGAAGUAACCAAACAUGUCCAGGACACUUAUGUUGAGGCUGAAGCUGUGAUAGAUGAAAAGCCAUUGGCACCUACAGACAACACUGACCUACCAAGUGAAGGGAAAGUCCAGAAAGAAGAACAACCAGUCGAGGUUGUUGCCGAAAAAGAACCAAUUAAGAUGUUUGCAAUAGAAGAUAUUGAAACAGUUGAGCUGCCGAUGGAAAAGAAGGAGUCAGUAGUGAUAGAAAAAGAGAUAAAUGAAGAUGUUGAAACAGAUGAGCCACAAAUAGAAAAUAAGCAGCCAGUAGAGGUAGGAAAGGAGAUAAGUGAAGAUAUUGAAAUAAUUGAACCACCAAUAGCGGUUGCAAAAGAGAUAAGUGAGGUGAUCACAAAAGAAGUUACUCAAAAGGUUGAGCCUUCAACAGAAACCCAACCGUUGGAAGUGAUAGCAAAAGAGAUAAGCGAGGUGGUCGCAAAGGAAGUUACGGAAAUAUUUGAAACUCCAACAGAAAAAGAGCAACCACUAGUGACGACAGAAGAGACAAGUGCAUCUAUUGAGCCUCUCAAAAACAAGGAGCAGCCAAAUGAAGUUAUUUCUGAGAAAGAAUUAGUGGAAGUUAUAGCACAAGAGGUUUGUGCACCCUUUGACCCUCCUACGAACAAGGAGCAGGCAGAUGAAGGGUUACUGGUGUCAGAAUCGGGUAAAAGACCAGAUGAGGACCAUCCAACAAAAGAAUUUGACGGUGUAGACAAGGAAUCAAGGGGGAAACCAGACACAACAAAUGAAGUUAUUUCUGAGAAAGAAUCAGUGGAAGUUAUAGCACAAGAGGUUGCACCCUUUGACCCUCCUAAGAACAAGGAGCAGGCAGAUGAAGGGUUACUGGUAUCAGAAUCGAGUAAAAAACCAGAUGAGGACCAACCAAUAAAAGAAUUUGUCGGUGUAGACAAGGAAUCCAGGGAGAAACCAGACACAACUUAUGUUCCAGACUUAUUUGUUGAACCUCCCAAGAAAGAAGUGCAUCCAAUUGAGGUUCUUACAGUGGAACAACGAGUAGAAGUUAUCACAGAAGAAAUUAAUAUAACAACUGAACCCCCAACAGAAAAUGGGCAGCCCAUUGAAGUUCACCCACCAAAAGGAUUAGAAGUGGAAAAAGAAACUUCCGAAAGAAAAGAAUUUUCUGAGGACAAGGAACAAACAGUUGAAGUACAGUCAGUACAAGAAUCAAAGGAAGUGAUAGCAGAAAAUAUAGUUGAAUCUGUAGAACUUCCCAAGGGGAGUGAAUUGCUCAAUGAAGUUCAACCAGUGAAAGAAUUAGAAUUUUCUGAGGACAAGGAACAAACAUUUGAAGUGCAGUCAGUACAAGAAUCAAAGUAAGUGAUAGCAGAAAAUAUAGUUGAAUCUGUAGAAAUUCCCAAGGGGAGUGAAUUGCUCGAUGAAGUUCAACCAGUGAAAGAAUUAGAAGUCAUGGUAAAAGAUAAUAGUGCAUCCAUUGAACCUCCCAAGAAUGAGGAGCAACCAAAUGAAGCUCCACAUGUGAAAGAAUCAGAAGUUAUAGCAAAA